CAGUCCUGCGUCAGCUUUUCCUCAAAUUCGAGUGCACACAAGAAACAAUUAAUAGGGCUUCACUUCCUCGUGCGCGCGGCAUUCUCGUUCGCUUCCCCCCGGCGCGAUCCACCGCAAAAGUGCAACGUACCGGAAGCGGGCAAUUAGCGACGGCACACGGCACAGUCGCGAAAGUGGCGAUUCGUAGCCCCCCCAUCUUGGUCCGGUCGCGCGCUGUGUUUGUUGUUGAUCAGCUGUGUGGCGUUGGCGUCGGCGGCGCCGGCCGAGGGGCGCAAGACAAAGAGCGUACAGCAGCUGGGUGCCCGGCUUCGAUCGGCGCAUCGAUCGCGCACCAGCAAGCAGCAGCACCGGCAGCAGCAGCAGCAGUGCCGCCGACGGUCGUCGCUGCUCGGCUGCUGCAGAGGCGACGGCGGCCAUCACACACGCCCGCACCCCCUGCAUGAUUGGCCCGGCACCCGCUCGACCCGCGUCCCCACGGACGCGGCCCGAACGCAGCGUGACCGUCGAAGGAGUGUACAGCAACGCCCCGUUCAUGCACGCAGUCACUGCCCAUGUGGGCUCCAACGUUCAGGUCCAGACCGUAGCUGGCUCCGUGUUUGAAGGUGUGCUGCGCACCUUCUCUCCUCAAUUCGACGUCGUGCUGGAGCUGGCCCAUAGGGUCGACCCGAACCGACCCGGCGAGGUGACCGUGGAUACCGUCAUGGAGAAGCUCAUCUUCAAGGCGGCCGACGUCAUCACCAUCCAGGCACUCAACGUCGACCUUGAGUUCGCCACCAAAGAUGCUUUUCAAACUGAUUCAGUCAUCAGUAAGUUCAACGGCCAGGUGACAGAGCGGGAACUCGAACCCUGGGAGGGGCCUGUCAACGGCGACGAAAUCGAAUUGGAAACGAGCUCGAACGCGAAAGAGCCGAACGGUUGGGACCCUCAAGAAAUGUUCCGAAUGAAUGCCAACAAAUACGGUGUCACGACAUCCUACGACCACUCACUUCCUUCCUACACUGUCCCUCUGCAGAAGAAGGACACCAAAGAAUUCAAAGAGGCCGAGGCACGAGCUACCCAACUCGCACGCGAGAUCGAGAACGCGCCUGGCCACAGCAGCCGGCUGGAGCUGGAGAACGGCGACGGAGACGAGGAGGAGCGGUUUGCUGCAGUGGUGCGCGCCGAAGAGCCGGCGGCCGCCAGUCCACCCGCCGCUGCCGCGCCUGAACCCAAGCCGAAUAGCAACGCGUACGUGCCUCCAGCAAAGCGGAAAGGCCCUCUGCCCCCGCAGUCACCGCAGGGCAACCAAGCACCCCCUCAGCCUCAGCAGCCGCAGCAGCAGCAGCAACCCCCGCAGUUGCAGCAACCUCCGCAGUUGCAGCAACCACCCCCUGUCCAGCAGCAGCAGCCGCCUCAGUCGACGCCGCACCAGGGCGGCAAGCAGGGCAUGCGGAACACGACGUCGCCAGGCAUGGGUGGCAUGCACCACUCCAAGGGCUACAACUCGCAGCCCUUCCAGCAACAUCAGUCGUAUUCGCCGCAGACGCCACCGCCGCAGCAGUCGCAAAUGGGCGGCUACAAUCCGGCCGCCGCUGCAGCUCUCGCCGCCGCGCAGGGCGCGUUGCAGCAACAGAAGACGAUGAACAGCGGACCCAUGGACGCUGGCUCCAACAAAAAGGGGAUGCCCAUGCAGGGAGGAAGACAGGGUCGUGGCAGAUUCAACGAUCAGCCAAGAUACCACGAACAAAAGCAUCACCAGCCACCACAAGGCAUGACCUAUCAGCAGAGCACCUCGCCCGCGCCCAUCACCCAACAAAUGCCGCUCCACAUGACUAUGGUUCCCCUUAUUGAGAGGGAUAAGCACAUCAUGCAGCAGCAGAACCAGCAGCAGCAACAACAGCAGCAGCAGCAGCAGCAGCAGCAGGCGGCUCAGGAAGCGCACGCACAGCAACAGGCAGCAAUGCAGCAGCAGCAGCAGCAGCAACAACAACAACAACAACAACAGCAGCAGCAGCAACAACAACAACAACAGCCCCCACAACCUACUGGCAGACCGCCGCUGGACCAGCGCAAGCCAGCCUCUCUGCCUGCCAGACAACCCAUUCGCGAAGAUGCAGUGCAGGAUCUCAAAAAGUUCAACCAGGAUUUCAAACUGGCUGAGGAACCCGUCGACAAUAAGCCAACACCAACUGCGUCUCCGGCGCCCAAACCGCAGACUCCUGGUCCAUCUGACGAGAUAAAGAGCGAGGAUAAAGGGAACACUUUCAAGAACUCCACCCUCAACCCCAACGCUAAGGAAUUUGUACUGAACCCUGCAGCUAAACCUUUCACUCCGAAUUUCGCCCGUGGACAAAUUUUAAAGAGGUCGCCAAGCACGCCGGGCACUUCGCGGCCGCACACGCCACAGACGCCGCAGCAGUAUACCGUGCCGCCGCAGAACGUGCAGGGCAUCGCGCCUGUAGUCAUGCUGAUGAACCCGAACUACAACCAGGGCCGAAAUCUGCGUAAGAACAUACCGACCAUGCCCAUCUCGGCACACCACAGGCCGGAGAUGUCGCAGAUCCAGGUGGCGGCCGCCACCGGCCAGCCGCUGAUGGCGCCGCCCACCAUGACCACCGCCCACUUCUACAACUUCUCCCAGGCCCCUAAUGCUCAAAUGAUGCCAGCCUCGCAGGGCUACCAUCCUCCACAACUGGUACGGAUGACAAUGCAGAACCCAGGCAUCAUGAACAUGCCGUACCACACGGAGGCGCCGCCGCAGCAGAUCUACAUGGCGUCGCCGAUGGCGCACCCGCACAUGCACCACCCACACCCUCCACCACCGAAUGCGGCGGCGCCGCAGGGUCCGCCCCCGCAGGGCGGGCCGUCGCAGCAGUCGAACCAGCAGACGCCGUCGCCGUCGCAGCCCCAAGGACAGGGUCAGGGGCAACAGGGAGCCGGCAGCGGGGGCCCGCCGCCGUCAUCAGCAUACCAGCAGCCGCCGCCGCCGGUGCAGCAACAGCAGGCGGCGCCUCCGCCGCAGGUGCCGCCGCCGCAGCAGCAGGUUUACUCCAUGUUCCCCAGCAUGCACCAACAGAUGCCUCCGCCGGGCGGCGCCCCCGGCGUGCCUGCCGCCCAGCUCGUGCAGCAGCCCUACAUGCAGCCCCACCCGCAGCAGCAGAUGUGGCAGGGCCCAGCAGUCAUGGUGAUGCAGCCUCCGCAGCACAAUCAGUGAAGAGGCGGCGCGAGUAGCAAACAGUAAAUUAUCAGAACACAACCGAGACACACUCGUCUCACAACCGCUGGGCGAUGAUGAAAAAUGAAUGAAAAAAACGGACAAACAAACCCAACAAACGAACAUGAAUUUUUCACUCGCCUAUGUUGAGGAGGUGGCAGAAAUUAGACACACGUAUUUAUUGCAAUCCCUGGCGAGGACACGGAAAGCAAACGACGGUCUGUGAUAUUAUCUUCUGUCUCAGCCUCGGGUCCCACGCCUUGUCCCGAGACGGACCCUGCCUGGUCCCGUCGCACGCGGCAGGGCUGGACCCCGAUUUUCCAAGUGCUGUGAUAGGGUAUAGUUCACGCCCCUCGUCGUCCUCGCCCGAUUUAUUAAUUUCUCGCCACUUCCGCCCUCUCUCUCCACUCACACACACAUAAAAAAAACACACACACACACACACACGCAUUGUAACAGUUUUGGUUCUCCAGAGGAAGCGAAAACAAUAGCCUUACGAAACACAGAAUGAUAAAAACGUAAAAAAUGAAUAUAAAAAUUUUAAAAGUGAGAAAAACGCGACAGCCGAGGGUGUGAUUGCGUCGGCACGCGCCGAGCGCAACGUCAUCCCCGGGAAAAAAUAUUCCUGCAAUUGUAGAGCAUCCGUCAUGCGAAAUUCUGACCCGAGAUGAAAAACACUCAUUUGGCUACCGACCCAAGGUUCGGGCAGAAAUCUCGAUUCGUGUCCCGAGUCGACAUUUUAUAAAUGCCGGCUCGCCAGCCUGGUUGCCUUGAUUGUUGCAGGCGCUGGUUCGAACUGUUUAUUUUUAUAAGCGACUACCGAUUGAUUUUGGAUCCACGCGCACCACUUGUUAGCGUGGCUUUUUUUCUACAGAAUCGAGCGAAUAUGAAAAAAGAAAAUAAUGAAAUAGAAACUACGGAAACAUCACGCCUGUAACGCGUUCCGAGGGAUUUCCGUUGAGAUUUCUGCGCGAACCUUGAGCCCCAUCUGUAAAUUGCACUCGGCUCCCGGCACGCGCCUCAUUUGAACCCAUCAAGCAAUAAAUUUCGUUGAGGAAUGUGUAUGGUAAAUUAUCAGUCUCCUGUAUUUGUACAUAAUAUAUAUGAUCGAACACAAUGAAACUCGCAAUUCAAUUCGCUACCGAGGAAUCCGGAGCCGCGUGUAGUCACCGAGACAAAUUUCUUUCAUACAAUGUAAUUUUGCUUAUCCGAGAGCUCUUCAAUUCCCUUCCCGUAGAAUGUAAUACAUUUUUAUAUGAAAACAAAAAAAGAAUAAAAAGAACUUAAAACCUUA